AUGAAUCGUAUUUCUUUAAAGUUUAAAUUGUUUGUCUCUGUGACUCUGUGGGUCUGUUCCUUUCCUUCACAAUUGAAAUCGUGCAAGAAGAAAGUAAGAAAGAAAGAAAGAAAAGGGGAAAGGGUUUCGAUUUUGGAAGAAGAAUAAGGAGCUUCUGAAAGGGUUCAGUAUUCAAGAAUGAAGACGACGAAGGGAGGCAAGGUUAUGAACCCUACCGAUGCUUACCGAAAGGAGCUUCGUAAGAAGGAAUUGAAAAGGAAUAAGAAAGAAAGAAAGAAGGUGAGGGAAGUGGGGAUCUUGAAGAAGGACCCAGAACAACUGAAGAAGCAGAUUGAUAACUUGGAAAUGAUGAAGGCUGAUGGUGCUUUGGAUAAAGCAAGAAAGCACAAGAAGAGACAGCUACAGGAUACACUUAAUCUUGUCAUAAAGAAGAGGAAGGAAUAUGAAGAGAAAAUGCGGGAGAAGGGUGAGGCUCCUGUUAUGUUCAGUCAUUUGGGGCCUCCUCGAAGGAGAACAUCUGCAGAAGAAGAAGAGAGAGUUAAGCACCCAAAGCCUGAGGAUUCUGUUUAUUACCAUCCUACGUUAAACCCUACUGGAGCUCCACCACCAGGGAAACCUCCUAUGUUUAAAUCGUCUAUAGGACCCAGAAUUCCUUUGUCUGGUGCUUCAUCAAGUACUGCUGCAUCAUCAUCGGCGACUGAGUUAGAGGAUGAUGUGUUAGCCGUACCCCCACCGCCGCCGCCGCCUCCACUGCCUGAUGGUAGCAGUACAAAUUCAGCAGAUGGCACUGUUUUACCUGCGUCUUUGCCACUGCCUCCUCCACCUCCUAUGCCUCCAAAGCCUGCUUCUGCUGUGCCUACAUCGUUACCACCCCCUCCUUUGCCACCUCCACCUCCUGGUCCCCCACCCAAAGAGCAAGUUGCAAAUCACCCUAUACCCCCUCCACCUCCGCCCCUACAACAGUCUCAGCCACCUCCACCUGGCACCGGUGGUGGUGAAGAGAGAAAUCAGUCUGCAUUGACAGAUGAUUCACCUUCCAAGGAGCCUGGUCAGCUUAGAAGCACCCUGCCUCCACCUCCUCCUCCAAGUCGGAUGCCACCUGAUGGUGCUGUGGUUACUAUUGACGAUAAGAAUUCUCUCUCAAGUCAGGAGAUUUCAAAAAUGGUUCCUGGACCUCCUCCUCCAAGGCAACAAGCCCCUGUUCCAGGACCCUCGUUAAUCCCAACUUUACCGCCUGAUGUUUUGCCCCCUGGAAUAUCUCGUUUUCCACCACCACCACCACCACCUGAUAUGAGGCCUCCUUUACCUGUGGCUGGACUCCCUGGUCAGGCACCACCUCCUGGAAUGAUGGUCCCCCUGAUUCCGAGGCCACCAUAUGGCCUUCCACCUGGGCCUCCAAUGAUGAGACCGCCACUUCCACCUGGUCCUCCUCCGAACUUCCAGGAAGAGGAUAAUGUGGCAACUAGGCCACUUCCACCCCAGAAACCGUCAUAUGUUAAAUCUGCUGCUUCUACGGUUGUUAAAAGGCCAUUAGCUCAGCACACUCCAGAACUUACAGCUAUGGUUCCUGCAUCUGUUCGAGUUAGAAGAGAGACUGCACUGACUAAAACAAAACCAAAACCGUCACUGCCAACCUCUAGGACAAUCUCUGGGACAUCAGGUCCAACUAUUGUAAAACCAGAGUCAGUGAGCUCCUCAUCAGCUCCAAAAGUACAGAGCAUCGAUGACUCAUAUACGGCUUUCUUAGAGGACAUGAAAGCCCUUGGUGCACUUGAUGGUUGAGAUCACUGUGAGUGGCGGAACCACAUGAGAGGGAUGGUGUGAGCAAUGAAGUUUACUUAUUUUAUGUUCAACUGAUCUUUCUCACGUGAACUAGCUCAAUUUUUUAUUCUUGAUGAUAAAGUCUAUUUAAGACCUUGUAUACUCUCUUUUGCGACUCUAAUCAUCUCGCUUUUUAUCUCUUAAACUAGAGUUUAAAGUAA